AUGGCCAACCAUGCCGACCCUUUCACGCGGCCGUCCAUGUUCCCUGAGGCCCAGCAAUGGAAGGAGCAACUGGAGGCCAUGAAGGCGGCGCGGCUGCAGGAGGAGCGCGAGCAGAAAGCCAAAGAGGCUGCACAAGAGCAGAUGAUCAAAAGCUGGGAGAUCGAAGUCCAGCAGAUGAAGGUAGAGCGCAACGAGGCAUUGCGCAAGGCGGAGGAGGCGGAGGAGCAUGCCCGGCGCCAGGUUCAAGACUACCACUGGGCAACAGCCAAGAAGCUCCAAGAAAUGGAGGAGAAGAUCCGACGACUUCAGUCGAUGCUGGACGAGGAGCGGACUGCGCAGCUCCUGGAGCGGCAGAGGCAGACGGAGCAAGUAGCCCAGGUGCGAAGAGAGGCUGCAGUGGAAUUGGAGGAAGCCGAAAAGCGGCAUCGAGUAGAGCUCGCCGCGGAACAGGAGCGAGUGAGGGAGGCUCACGAGCUCGUGGAUCUCGUCCAGAAGCGUGCUCACGAAGAUGUCGUGGCUGCGAGAGCACGGGAGGAACGCCGAAUCACAGAGGUCCGGGCUGCUGCGGAGACACGGACGCGUGAGCUGGAGGCGAAGAUGCGCUCGGAGGCCAACAUGAGGGAUGCCCACCUUUUGGAGCGCCAGCGGCUGAUGGAAGAAGCGCUGUACGCAAAUGGGCUGGAGAAGGCGGAGGCAAUUGAUGCAGCGCAGCGCCAUCUGGCAUGUAUGGAGCAGGAGCUGCAAACCUCGAAAGACCAAGCAGACGCCCUCUACGCAGAGAAGGAAGCCCGACUGAAAGACUUCGAGGACACAGCUCGCAAGAACACGGAUGAGAUGGUCAAGCAUCACAAGGAGCUCCUGGAUCUCGAAAGGGCGCUGCACAACAGGAGCAUGGAACGAACCAUGGACCGCGUUGUCCAACACCUGAAGCUCGGCGAUGAGAGUUCCCUUCCUGCCCCUCCAAUCGCACAGGAUGCCUAA